UUCAGCAAUCUAGUGUUCAGUACACUUCCAUGAAGAAGAAUCGCUCCAUCGGGUCCUAAAAAACAGCGGAAAACAGGGCCCGCGUGACUCAGCGCUUGUGUUUUUCGACCUUUGAUUGUCUGUCAGAAGAACCGGAGCAAAAACGAAAAGAGAGGCGGAUCCGAGAGUGAGAACAGACCGUAGGGGAGCGACCGACCGUGAUGAUGGCGUCCAUCAGUAACACCGGCAGCGCCUCCAGCCCAAUGGUCAUGCUCGCCCCCAAAACCAAGACCAAAAAGAAACAUUUCGUGCAGCAGAAGGUGAAAGUGUUCCGCGCGAGUGAUCCGAUGCUCGGCGUGUUCAUGUGGGGAGUGAAUCAUUCGAUAAAUGAUUUAAAUCAAGUUCCAGUGCCAGUCAUGCUGCUUCCUGACGACUUCAAAGCCAACACCAAAAUUAAAGUGAACAAUCACCUCUUCAACAAGGAGAAUCUUCCAGGCCAUUUCAAAUUUAAGGAGUACUGUCCGCAAGUCUUCAGAAACUUAAGAGAGAGAUUUGGAAUUGAAGAUCUUGACUACCAGGUGUCCGUGACUCGCAGUCCUCCCACGAGAGGUGAGGGACAGGGAGAAGGUCUUCUCUUUACGUCCUACGACCGCACACUGAUAGUGAAGCAGAUCUCCAGUGAAGAUGUAGCCGACAUGCAUAACAUUCUGUCCGAGUAUCACCAGCAUAUAGUGAAGUGCCAUGGCAGUACACUCCUCCCUCAGUUUCUGGGUAUGUACCGUGUUACGGUGGAGAGCGAGGACACGUACCUGAUCGUCAUGAGAAACAUGUUCAGCCACAGACUCAUGGUCCACAGAAAAUACGAUCUGAAGGGUUCCUUGAUAGAUCGUGAGGCCAGCGACAAAGAGAAGGUGAAAGAGUUGCCCACGUUUAAGGACAUGGACUUCAGAAACAACAUGCAGAAGGUGUAUGUGACUGAGGAACAGAAGGAGAAGAUUAUGGAGAAGCUGAACCGAGAUGUUGAGUUCCUGGUGAAGCUGAAGAUAAUGGACUACAGCCUGUUGCUAGGCAUCCAUGACAUUGCACGUGCCGAGCGGGAGGAAGAGGAUGCCGAGGAGCCCAGUUGUGAAGAUGAUGCGGAGCCCGAGAACGGCCUCGCUCCGGCCGCGCAGGUGGGCUCUUACGGCACAUCGCCAGAGGGCAUCGCUGGUUACAUGAACUCCUUCAAACCCCUGGGUCCUGGAGAAUUUGACCCUUACAUUGACGUUUAUGCCGUCAAAAGCGCACCAGGAGCACCGCAGAAGGAAGUGUACUUCAUGGGGCUCAUUGACGUGUUGACGCAGUAUGACACUAAGAAGAAAGCUGCCCAUGCGGCAAAGACCGUUAAACAUGGCGCUGGUGCUGAAAUAUCUACGGUUCAUCCAGAGCAGUAUGCCAAACGAUUCCGUGAAUUCAUCUCCAACAUUUUUGCAUAACCAAAAUAUGUACAUAAUAUGUCCUUAUACACACCAAGGGUGAAUCUCACAAAAACAUGUCCAGGUUGCAUUUAAACCCAGAGUCAAAUGAAAAAUAUAAGCCUAUAUUUUUUGGAAAAAUUGUAUGUAUUUUUUUGCUUUGAUAUUAUUUUCAUGACAACUGAGCACAUUUUCUGCCAUUUUACUUUUGUAGUUCUUUUCCCAUUUCCCAAAAUUCCCAUCAUUCCUAAUGGUAAUUCUCAUUAGAUUACAGUAAUAGUUAUUUUUGCUUAUUACAUUAAAGACACUGUAAUGCAUUGCUUUUAUUGAAAUCACCAUAUAUUAAAAGCAGUACAACAGAUUCUACCCUGAUAUACAAAUACUUUUAAUAAUAUAUAAUUAUCUUUUUGCAUUACAGUAAUGAAAAAUAGGGGGGAAGUAUGCUAAAUUGUCCUGAAAAUCAUGUCACAAUGCAAAAAUGUUAUAUUUCUAAAAAUAGGCUUCUUUUACUAUAAACAAAGUAUUUCAUAUUUCUUUCAUUUGAUUUUGGACUGAAAUAUGACUCGUGACCGGUUUCGCGAGAUUCACCCAAAAUAUCUUUGCAGUUUACUGCUAUCACAUAUAGGUUGAUAUUUUAUGCUUAUAUGUUGGCGAACUUGACAUUCUCAUCCACACUACAUUUAUGAACUGUGUAUUCACAAAUGAAAAGAAAUAGAUUCAUAUGAAUCACCUUGUGACAACCCACAAACAUGGGAACAUUGCCUAAUCUUUUGAGGAGAUAUGACUCCGAACAUGUAGCAAUGACGUAACUAGUUAUUGGUGUGUUGUCUCUCUCUCGUUGGACUUUGUAAUGGCAGAGAGAGAAACCGCCUUAACCGACUGCUGAAGCGAUUAUGGAGGAAUAGCAGAAACUCAUGUUGUCUAACACUUACAGUGCACGCUUGCUUCACUCGAUAUAUGCUGCACUAGAAUGUUAUGUGGGGAGGCAUGAAAGAUACUUUGUAAAAAUUGGUUACCAGUGAUCCUUAGUAAGGGUCUAGUUUAAAAAUAUUAUGAAUGCUGACUGUUUGUAUGAAUGAAUGGAGCACACAAUCUCAUUUUCUCUUAUGUGAGCUAUUUUAUGCAGUUAGCCUUAAUGCGCAAAAGAGGAAUUUUGUAGUUUCUAGUAUAAAUACUCCAGUGAUACUGAGCUGAUUUAGUAUGAAAUGCCUUAUUGUCGCAUUUUAUUUAUUUUGCAAAUCAGUGUUUGGACCAAAUAUAUUUUUCAGAGAUUUCCAAAAACAUGGUUUCCGUUAUUUAUUCAUUUUAGGCUUGUCAGGCUCAAUUAUGUCCAUAAUAGUUUAAGUUGUAUUUUUAGAGCUGUUUAACACCUCAAGACGUUGUUACAUUAAGGCACGUUGUUACAUUGUGUUCACAUAAUGCAUGUAACAACCGACUGUAAUUACCAAUAAUGUGCAUUCUUAAGUACAAUAAAAAAAAUAAAUAAAAAAAAAAGUACA